UCCCGUCGCAGCCGCUGCUACCGCCGCCGCUGCUACCGCCACCGCCGCCGGAACGGGCGGCCUCGAACGGCCCGGUCUGGAGCCCGCGCGCGCUGCGCCGUCCGGCUCGGGGUGGGGCACAGCACUCGCGCCCUGACGCUUGGGCGGAGGGCCCCCUUGGCUUUCUUGAGGUCUGGUGGUCCCGGGGCUCCUUCCUCACAGCCCCGGACUGAGUCCCCUCCAGUCGGAGACCCUCUAAAGUCCACUAAGGAGGAGUGAACACCUGCCGCUGUUAUCUCCCUAAAACAGGAUCAUCUCUACGCCGUCUCCUCACACCCACGCAGACCGCAGAGCUUCACGAUCCUGAUUUGCCCUCUUUUCCAAAUCUAGAACCUUCUGACCUUCGCUAGUUCCUACUGGCUCCUGCCCCUUGCCUGGUCCACCCUCGCGGACAGCUAUCCCUGCGGGCCCCUUCCUGACCACCCUCCUCUCUUCCCUGCUCCCCACCCUCAGCCCCUUCCCCUCGAUCCCCUCGUCAUCUCUUGGAACCCUGCCUAACCAGGGGACAGUGGGUACCUCCUACCCAGGAUGUGAGCCCCUUUUAGCCUGUAAUGCUGUGGCUGGCCUUUGGCCCCUUCCAUGCCAUGGAGAACCAGAUGCUGGUGAUUCGCAUCAAGAUUCCAAAUAGUGGUGCGGUGGACUGGACAGUGCACUCCGGGCCGCAGUUACUCUUCAGGGAUGUGCUGGAUGUGAUAGGCCAGGUUCUGCCCGAAGCAACAACCACGGCAUUUGAAUAUGAAGAUGAAGAUGGUGAUCGAAUUACAGUGAGAAGUGAUGAAGAAAUGAAGGCAAUGCUGUCAUAUUAUUAUUCCACAGUAAUGGAACAGCAAGUAAAUGGACAGUUAAUAGAGCCUCUGCAGAUAUUUCCAAGAGCCUGCAAGCCUCCUGGGGAACGGAACAUACAUGGCCUGAAGGUGAACACCCGGGCUGGACCCUCUCAACACGGCAGCCCAGCAGUCUCUGAUUCACUUCCAAGCACUAGCUUAAAGAAGUCUUCUGCUGAACUGAAAAAAAUAUUAGCCAAUGGCCAGAUGAAUGAACAAGACAUACGGUAUCGAGACACACUUGGUCAUGGCAAUGGAGGCACAGUCUACAAAGCCUAUCAUGUCCCGAGUGGGAAAAUAUUAGCUGUAAAGGUCAUACUACUAGAUAUCACACUGGAACUUCAGAAGCAAAUUAUGUCUGAAUUGGAAAUUCUUUACAAGUGUGAUUCAUCAUAUAUCAUAGGGUUUUAUGGUGCAUUUUUUGUAGAAAACAGGAUUUCAAUAUGUACAGAAUUCAUGGAUGAAAAGCGUGUUAGUGUUUCUUUGUCUUUCAUGACCUUGAUAUUUUUAGAGGCCUGCCCCAGCACUUUGAGUAUAGAUUUUUCCCUUGGCCUGAACACCUUCUCUUCUUUACGUCAGUUGAAUCUUUUACUCAGGGCCCAGCACUUUGGUAAAUCCUUCCUGACUACCGCGGGAAAAGUUGUUAAAGGCCUUACCUAUUUGUGGAGUUUAAAGAUUUUACACAGAGAUGUGAAGCCUUCCAAUAUGCUAGUAAACACGAGAGGACAGGUCAAGCUGUGUGACUUUGGAGUUAGCACGCAGCUGGUGAAUUCUAUAGCCAAGACGUAUGUUGGAACAAAUGCUUAUAUGGCACCUGAAAGAAUUUCAGGGGAGCAAUAUGGAAUCCAUUCUGAUGUCUGGAGCUUAGGAAUCUCUUUCAUGGAGCUUGCUCUUGGGAGGUUUCCAUAUCCUCAGAUUCAGAAAAACCAGGGAUCUUUAAUGCCUCUCCAGCUUCUGCAGUGCAUUGUUGAUGAGGAUUCGCCUGUCCUUCCGGUUGGAGAGUUCUCCGAGCCAUUUGUACAUUUCAUCACUCAGUGCAUGAGAAAACAGCCAAAAGAGAGGCCAGCACCUGAAGAAUUGAUGGGCCACCCGUUCAUCGUGCAGUUCAAUGACGGAAACGCCACUGUGGUGUCCAUGUGGGUGUGCAGGGCGCUGGAGGAGAGGCGGAGCCAGCAGGGUACCCCGUGAGGCCUCGGGGCACUGACGGCCCAGGACUGGUCACCAAGGGGAAACCCACCUGUUGUACCCCCUUUCCGUUUGCUGUCUGCGCCAGAAGAGCUUUGCUGGGCCCAGGCUGCCCUGCUCUCAGCUGCCACCCUGCCAGCAGAUGGCCUUGCCUAGGGCGGCCUCUGGGGCGGCCAGCCCCUGCUGGGGCAUGCCCUCCCCCACUCUGAUCUGGACACACUGACUGAGGGUGGGUGGAGGGGUGGGACAUCAACAAUGGAGGCUCCCGCAUCACUGAUGAGAAUAAAAGUAGUACUGCUUUGUGGCCCCCAUGCCCUGAGGGUUGUAUUGUGCAGGUAGUCCAUUACCCACCUGAGGCCGGGGCAGGGCGGGAGCCCCACCUUUGCAAGGAUGUGUGGCAGUGCCAACCCCCUGUGCCCAGAGCUGCCUUUCCCCAGGUGCCUGCAAACGGCCCAAGUGCCCCCCGACAUUCUGUGACAAGGCCUGCAGCCCAGCCCAUUUGAUAAAUGAAAAAUGAAGGCAUGGAGGUCCCUGAACCAAGUCCAAGAGCCAGGACCUGGGACUCCCUUCUUGGGCUUCUUGCUGGACUGGGGUUUGUCCCACACUUGAGGGCCGGGCUGUCCCAACAGCAACACCAGCUCCGACAGUGAUGUGACCAGGGUCGGUGGGAGCCGGGAGCAGGAGACCAGGAGCUGGUGAAAGAGCCCCGGGCCACUCUGAGAGGCCCUUCCUCUUCCUCGCACCCCCCGCGGCUCCUCUGCAGCAGGCCACCCCACACCAGCCUUGACCCCAAAGCUCACUCACCUCAGGCUGCCCACAGCCUCAUCUCAGGUAACCCUCUCAGUCACCCACCAGGUAAGUGUGGUAACCCCCGUUUUACAGCCAAGGCACUGAGAGAGGCUCAGGUUUCCACUUGGAGAUCUGAGUACUCCUGCCACAUCCGAAAGCAAUACUGAUGCCAUGCGCACACCCAGCACCUCCUCCACCACUUCCCCAGCCCAGUAAAUGGCAUCUCUGUCCUCCCAGUGCCCAAGCUGAGAUGCCGGGACUCAGCCUUGCUCCUGUCUUUCACACCCCACAUCCAGCCCACCUGGGUGUCUCCUGUAGUCUUUGCCUUCAAAAUGCAUGGAUUCCACCACUUCCCAUCUUCCUCCGGGGCCCUACUCCUGGGCCCCGGGCAACAGCCUCCCACCAGGCUCCUGCUCCCUCCCUGCCCCCUGCAGUCUACACCCCACAUACUGCUAAAGGGAGCCGGUGAAACAAGGCAGAUCAUGGCCUGCCCCUGUUGACUCCUCGGCUCCCAGCCAUUCCGACCCAGCAAUGGCCUGUGUGACCCUGCCAUCUGCCCCCUUUAUCUCUGACCUCAACUCCCACCACCCCCAACUCUCACUCUCCUCCAGCACCGUGGCCUCCUCACUGAUGCUUGAACAGAGUGCCACCCACUCGGGCACAGAGACAUCUGGCUGCCCCCAAAGGCUCAUGCUCCCUCCAUAGUGGAUGGCUGCUGCCGGGAAGCCACCGCUCAGCCUGGCGUGACGUCUCCCGGGUCCCUUGCAUUUCAUGGGGGCCAUGUGACUAGUGCUUGUCACUGGAAUGAGAGCAGAGCUUAUGUUGCUUCCUGGCCAAGAAGCCUAAGAUGCAGAAGUGCGUUCCUCGCUGUGCCUUCAACACUCUCCUACCAAAGGCAAAUGACCACGGUGGCGGGGCUGGAAGGGCCAAGCUGCAGCACAGGGAGCCUGAAUCCUUGAAUCACCACGCGGAGGGAUGUGCUGCCCAAAGGAACAGCUGCCGUGGACUGUUAGAUGAGCCCGAACUAAACUACUUUGUUGCUGUGUCACUGGCAGCGAGUGUUAGACCAGCUAACACAGACCUUGGUUGUGGGGGUGGCAGCAGGCUUCCCCAUGUGUCCCCAUGGCUCACUUCUGCACCCUUCAGAUCUCGGUUCAAAUGGCAUCUCUGAGUCCUGAGCUGACCCCUCUUCAGAAUGACACCUGCUUCCUGGGACCCAGGUUGCCCUUC